AUGGAUCAUCUGGGCAGGCUCAUUAUUGACCGAAAAGAUAAAAAAGCUGAAGAUGCACGUGCUCGUGAAGAACGCGAAGGGAAACGUGCUCAAUUAGAUGAUCGUCAUCAUCAUUUAUUUGAUAUAUUGGCCACACGAUUGGGAAUCGACCGACAUGAAGUAGAAGACAAUGUGCUGGAUAGUCCAAAUUUCAAUCUUAUGGACUUAUUUUUUGUGGAUGGCGGACAUCAAUAUUUAGUUUUUUUUUAUCAAGAACUUGAUCCAGAUCAUAUGAAUACAGGUGAUUCAUACCGUCCAUCGAUCUCUCCGUUUUUAUCUCGUUCCACAACGAAGCAUACAAAACCAAAAGUGAUCAUAGCCGACUUAACGGAGCAAAGUUUAAGAGGUGAAGUAUAUUUUUAUACAUUCGAAUGUAAUUCAGAUCAACCGCUGUUACAAGCAUUAGGUCGUUCAAUAAGUGAAAUAUAUUUACCCUAUUUACAAGUUAGUGAUUCUACAUGGGGCAAAUUAGGCAAUGAGAGUCAAGUAGUUAAAGUAGACUUUUUAUCAAAACUAUCCAAUUUUGUUUCAACACUUUAUGGUGCCCAAGAGAGUAUAAAUGAACGUGUUCUAUUGAAACCAUGUGAUAAAGUUGAUGUUAGUCAUCUUCAAAAUGCAGCUGAUUAUGCAUCAAUAGCCUCAAAUAAUGAAUCAUUACAGUCAAUUGAAGACACAAUGAAGACAUGGAUCAAACAAAUGGAGCAGGUAUUAGCUGAAAGUGAACAAAUUCGUCGUGAAGCAGAUAAUAUAGGUCCACGAGCUGAAUUAGAAUAUUGGAAAAAACGUAUGACAAAAUUUAAUUUUUUACUCGAUCAAAUUAAAGGAGCAGAUGUUAAAGGUGUAUUAACCAUUUUACAAACGGCAAAAUCAAAACUUAUACAACAAUGGAAAUUAUUAGAUGGGAAAAUAACGGAUGCAGCUAAUGAAGCAAAAGAUAAUGUUCGCUAUUUAUACACUUUGGAAAAAUUUUGUGAACCAUUGUACAAUUCAGAUCCAGUGGGAAUGUUAGAUUCAAUACCGGGACUUAUUAAUGCUGUGAGAAUGAUACAUUCAAUAUCAAGAUAUUAUAAUACAUCGGAAAGGAUGACAUCACUAUUUGUCAAAAUAACAAAUCAAAUGAUUACAACAUGUAAAAAUUAUGUGACUAAUAAUUAUACAGAAACAAUAUGGUCACAAGAACAAUCAAUUCUUAUCUCAAAAUUACGUGAUUGUAUUAAACUUAACGAUGAGUAUCAACGAAAUUUUCAAUUAACAAAAACAAAAUUGGCUCAAACACCCAAUGAACGUCCAUUUGAUUUUAGUGAAAUGUAUAUAUUUGGAAAAUUUGAUUCAUUUCAACGACGAUGUGAAAAAAUAAUUGAUAUGUUUACUACAAUGAAUAUGUAUCAACAUUUACAAGAUUCAAAAAUUGAAGGUAUUAGUCCAUUUUAUUCCAAGUUUAACAUGAUUGUUCAAAGUAUGAAAAAAAAGGAUUAUGAUUAUUUGGAUCAACGAAAACAAGAUUUUGAUUUGGACUACGAUGAAUUUCGACGUUCUAUUCAAGAUUUACAUAGUGGAAUUAAUGAAUUUUUAGAUAAAUAUUUUAAUGUUAUUCGAAAUACUGAACGUGCUUUAGUUGCAUUAAAACGUUUUGAAAAAUUACAUCUACCUAAUAUUGGUUUAAAUGAAAAAUAUUCAAAAAUUCUUAAUCAAUAUUCGAGAGAUUUGGAUCUUGUUGCAAAAAUAUAUCAAAAAAAUAACAAGGAACCAUUGAUAUCAAGAGAUUUACCACCUAUAGCUGGUCGUAUAAUUUGGGCUCGUCAAUUAUAUCUUCGUAUUCAACAACCAAUGGAUAUUUUUGUUGCUAAUAAAACAAUUCUUCAAUAUCCUGAUGCUAAAAAGAUUAUUAAAAAUUAUAAUCAACUAUCAAAAGUAUUACUUUCCUAUGAAAUAUUAUAUCAUCGUGGAUGGUUUAGACAAGCUAAUGUUAUAUCAACUGGUAUUAAUUCAUCUCUACUUGUUCUUGUUCGACAUGAUAAUGAUUUAACCAUUGGUUCAGCUACCACAACAGCUACUCAAUCACUCAUUACUUCAUCUACACUCUCAUCAUCGGGUAAAUCACCCGAUUAUGUAGUCAAUUUUGAUCCAAAUAUUUUAGAAUUAAUUCGUGAAACACAAUGUUUAGCACGAUUAGGAUUAGAAAUACCGAAUGAGGCCGCAAUUCUAGCUCAACGGGAAGAAUCUUUAAAGAAACAUUAUCAAGAUUUAAUGGGAUUAUUAGAAAAAAAUAAACAAUUACGAGAAAAAAUAAAAUUGCCAUUUGAACUUUUAUUACAACCAAAAAUUCAUCGAUUGAAUGAUAUUAUAAAACCAGGUCUGACAACAUUGACAUGGGCAUCGUUAAACAUCGACGAUUAUGUUCGAUCGGUUCGUGAUGCAUUAUCUGAAUUUGAUUUAAUAUUAGAACGAUCAAAUGAUUUGGUAGCCUUUCGAAUUGAUGCUGUCCUAGAUGAAAUUGCAUCCAUGUCACUUUGUGAAUUACCAGAAGAUGAACCAAUAUCACCAGAAAAAUUUUUAGAAAAUACUCAAGAAUUAUGUGCACGUUGUUCUCAGUUAAUGCAAAUAAAAUCGCGUAAUAUUGAAGAUGCUGUUUUGGAAGUGAUUGAUUUAUUCUGUGGUACCGGUAUGGAUGGAGAGCAUGGAGGUUAUCCAAAUGGAGAUUAUGACGAUGAAGAAACAACAGAUGAUGAUACAACUGUCAUUAAUAGUCGAAUACAUACCGGAAAAAGUCGAACCAGUAAUCUACUAAAUAACUUAGCCUCAAAUAGCCAUCAACGUAUACCGUCAUCACAAGUAAAUGGACGAUUGAAAUCAGGAACUCAUCAAAAACAGUUACAACAAAAUGGUAUUGGUGGUAGACGAAAACGUGAACAAAGUGAACAAUUACAAACAGCUAUUAUGGAAUUGAUCAAUCAUUUUAGUCAUAGAAAUUUGGAUGCAAUAGUAAGAGUGGUUAAAUCAACUCUAGAAAAGUUGAGAAAACGAAUUACAUCAACGCUGACAUAUGGUCGUAAUCAUCGUGAAGCACCUGUAUUUAAAGUGUUUGCUGAAUUAGCCAUUCCAAAUGUAGUUGUACAACCACCAGCUGAUGAAGUGCAGUUGUAUUUGAAUAAAGCUGUACAAACAAUAUUAUCUGUAGCAAAAAGUGUCUCACAGUGGAGUAAAGAAAGAAAUAGAUCAAAACGUGGUCGAUUAGAUACGUCUGUUGAAGUUCAAAAUGGUCUUAGUGAAACAGAAACACGACUUAUACGACAGGGAAGUUUAGUAAAUGGAGAUGUUACAGAAGAUGGUGAUUCAACUGUGGCUCCCACUGGAGGGAGACAAAGUUCGAUGGAUGUACUCAAGGAUACAACAGGAGCCGGUACAUCGACUACACAAAUUCAAGGACCACAACUUGGCGAGUCAGGAAGUAAAGUUCGUCUCAAUGAUCAACAAGAACGACAAGUUGUAUUUACACCAACUAAUAAUUAUUAUAAAAAUGUAUCAGAAAACAAAGAUAUAGCAAAAUUAAUAUCAUUACUUGCAACGUGUAUUAAUGCAACAAAAAAAGAAAUAACGGUGGCUCUUGAACCAUUUACUCGUUAUAACGCUUUAUGGCAAAAAGAUCGUGAUGAAGAAUUAAAAGAAUUUUUAUCUCGUCAACCGCGUGUGGGUGAAUUUGAAGCAAAAAUCAAAGAUUAUGAACGUUUAUCAUCAGAAAUUAGUUCACAACCAGAAUUUAUACCUGUUGGUCCAUUAGCUAUAUUUACAGAACGUUUAAAAUUUGGUUUGACAACAGAAGUUCGUGAUUGGGUAAUUCGUUAUGGUCAAGCAUGUAAUCUUAAAUAUCGUAAAGAAAUGAACGAUGUCAUUCAAUUUAUUGAAGAUAUUGAAAAACGUUUACAACGACCAAUUCAAGAUCUUGAAGAUAUUCGAUUAGUAAUGUUAGCUGUUAAAGAAUUACGAGAAAAUGAGAUUCGACUUGAUAUGUCAAUUGGACCUAUUGAAGAAUCGUAUGCCAUGUUACAAGCACAUGAACUCAAUGUAGCAAGAGAAGAAAUCGAACGAUGUGAUACUUUACGAUAUUCAUGGCAAAAAUUACAAAAUCAUUGUUCACAGAUGACUACACAUCUAUUAGAAAUUCAACCUCGAUUUAAAGAAGAUCUCUUGGAAAAUGUGGCCAAAUUUAUUAAAGAAUGUGAACGAUUUUAUAUUGAAUAUGAAAAAGGUGGACCAACAAUUAGUGGUAUAACACCGCGUGAAUCAUCUGAUCGACAAAUUCUCUUUCAAAGUCGAGUAGAAAAUUUAUAUAAACGUUUUGAAACAUAUCAUGGUGGUGAAGAAUUAUUUGGUCUUCCUGUAGCAGACUAUCCACAAUUAGAAAAAAUUAAAAAAGAUUUAGCACUCUUACAACGAUUAUAUACAUUAUACAAUAAAGUAUUAGAUACGGUAGCUAGUUAUUUUGAUAUACCGUGGGUCGAUGUGAACAUUGAUAAAAUCAAUCAAGAAUUAUCUGAUUUUCAAACAUCAUGUCGAAAAUUACCAAAAGGAUUAAGAGAUUUUCCAGCAUUUCAUGCACUCAAAAAAACAAUCGAUGAUUUUAGUGAAUGUUGUCCACUAUUAGAAAUGAUGUCAAAUAAAGCAAUGCAGCAUCGUCAUUGGCAGCGUAUUGCCGAUGUGACAGGUGUCCAUAAUUUAGAUGUUGAAGCCGAUGAUUUUCGUCUUCGAAAUGUUAUGGAUUUACCAUUACUUCAAUUUAAAGAAGAUAUUGAAGAUAUUUGUAUAGCUGCUGUAAAAGAACGUGAUAUUGAAGCAAAAUUAAAACAAGUUGAAAAUGAUUGGAAAUCACAAGAAUUUAAUUUUGCCCAAUUUAAAACUAGAGGUGAACUAUUAUUAAAAGGUGAUCGAAUACAAGAAGUGAUUGGAUUAUUAGAAGAUUCACUUAUGCUAUUGGGAUCAUUAAUGAGUAACAGAUACAAUGUUCCAUUUCGUAAACAAAUUCAAAAAUGGGUUAAAGAUUUAACAGAUACAAAUGAAAUUAUUGAAAAUUGGAUGCGUGUACAAAAUUUAUGGGUUUAUUUAGAAGCUGUUUUUGUUGGUGGUGAUAUUGCCAAACAAUUACCUCAAGAAGCUAAACGUUUUUCAUCUAUUGAUAAAUCAUGGUUAAAAAUCAUGUCAAAAGCUCAUGAACAACCGGCUGUCGUUCAAUGUUGUACAACAGAUGAAACACUCAAACAAUUAUUACCUCAUCUUUUAGAACAAUUAGAAUUAUGUCAAAAAUCAUUAACAGGUUAUUUGGAACGAAAACGAUUGUUAUUUCCAAGAUUUUUCUUUGUAUCGGAUCCUGCUCUAUUAGAAAUUCUUGGUCAAGCAAGUGAUCCACAUACGAUAAAAGCUCAUCUAUUGUCCGUAUUUGAUAAUAUCAAGACAGUAAGAUUUCAUGAAAAAGAAUAUGAUAAAAUAUUGGCAAUUGAAUCAUCCGAAGGAGAAACAAUUGAAUUAGAAAAAUCAGUAAAAGCUGAAGGCAAUGUUGAAAUAUGGCUUAUGUCCUUGUUAAAGGAAUCACAAAAAUCGUUACAUGGUGUCAUUCGAAAUGCUUUUAAUGCACUAUCGGAUCCAAGUUCAUUUAAUCUGAUCGAAUUUUUAAAUACUUAUCCAGCCCAGAUUGGAUUACUAGGUAUACAAUUGAUCUGGACACGUGAUGCCACUGAAGCGUUGAAAAAUGCCAAAACAGAUAAAAAUUUAAUGAAACAAACAUCAAAAUUAUUUGGUGACCUUCUCGAUUUACUCAUUGAUCAAACCACCAAAGAUCUAUCUAAAGUUGAACGUACAAAAUAUGAGACACUGAUCACUAUUCAUGUACAUCAAAAAGAUAUAUUUGAUGAAUUAGUAACAGGAAAUGUUCGUUCCAUAUCCGAUUUUGAUUGGUUAAAACAGACAAGAUUUUAUUUUAAUGAAGAAUUGGAUAAAGUUCAAAUAUCAAUAACAGAUGUUGAUUUUACAUAUCAAAAUGAAUUUUUGGGAUGUACUGAACGUUUGGUUAUUACACCGUUGACUGAUCGAUGUUAUAUAACAUUGGCGCAAGCUCUUCACAUGGCAAUGGGUGGAGCACCAGCAGGACCAGCAGGAACCGGUAAAACGGAAACGGUAAAAGAUAUGGGUCGUUGUUUGGGCAAAUAUGUCGUUGUCUUCAAUUGUUCGGAUCAAAUGGAUUUUCGUGGUUUAGGUCGAAUAUUUAAAGGACUCGCUCAAUCAGGCUCAUUCGGAUGUUUUGAUGAAUUUAAUCGAAUCGAUUUACCCGUACUGUCUGUGGCUGCACAACAAAUCGCUAUUGUUCUAGCAUGUAAGAAAGAGAAAAAACGACAAUUUGUAUUUACUGAUGGAGACAUGGUCGAAAUGAACAUGGAAUUUGGAAUAUUUUUGACUAUGAAUCCUGGCUAUGCUGGUCGUCAAGAAUUACCAGAAAAUCUUAAAAUUAAUUUUCGAUCUGUUGCUAUGAUGGUUCCCGAUCGUCUCCCAAUUAUUCGUGUAAAAAUGGCUGCAUGCGGUUUUCGAGAAAAUGUGCCAUUAGCUAAAAAGUUUUAUACACUUUAUAAAUUAUGCGAAGAACAAUUGAGUAAACAGGUUCACUAUGAUUUUGGUUUACGUAAUAUUUUGUCAGUGCUAAGAACAAUGGGGGCUGUUAAACGAGCAAACAAAGAUGAUCAAGAGAAAACAAUUGUCAUGAGAGUAUUGAGAGAUAUGAAUCUAUCAAAAUUGGUUGAUGAAGAUGAACCAUUAUUUAUUUCUUUAAUCAACGAUUUAUUUCCAAAUAUCAAACUUGAAAAAGAGACCUAUGUGGACUUGGAAGCUGCUAUUGAUAAAGAAGCACAAGCAGCUGGUCUCAUUAGUCAUCCACCAUGGAUAUUAAAAAUAAUACAGUUGUAUGAGACACAACGUGUUCGUCAUGGUAUGAUGACAUUAGGUCCUACAGGUGUUGGCAAGACUUGUUGUAUUCAUACUCUAAUGAAAGCCAUGACUAUUUGUGGUGAACCACAUCGUGAAAUGCGCAUGAAUCCAAAAGCGAUUACAGCUCCACAAAUGUUUGGUAGAUUAGAUGCAGCUACAAAUGAUUGGACAGAUGGAAUUUUCUCUACAUUAUGGCGACGUACAUUACGUACGAAAAAAGGUGAAUUUAUAUGGUUGGUACUUGAUGGUCCGGUGGAUGCUAUUUGGAUUGAAAAUUUAAAUUCGGUGUUGGAUGAUAAUAAAACAUUAACAUUGGCAAAUGGUGAUCGAAUACCAAUGGCUCCAAAUUGUAAAAUAAUAUUUGAAGUACACAAUAUUGAUAAUGCAUCACCGGCAACAGUGUCAAGAAAUGGUAUGGUCUAUAUGAGUAGUUCUGGUUUAGAUUGGAAACCGUUAAUACAAGGUUGGAUAAAACGUGAUCGUUCACAUUAUGAUGGUGAUAUAUUAAUGAAUUUAUUUGAAUCCUCAUUUCCUUUAUUAUAUCGCUAUUUUGCGUUAUAUCUAAAAUCAAAAAUGCCUGUACUUGAAUGUAUGGUUGUCACACAAGCCUGUAAACUAUUGAAUGGUUUAUUGCCUUCAAAAGAUGCUAAAGAACAAUUCAGUCAAUCGCAUAUUGAACGUUUAUAUGUCUUUGCCAUUAUGUGGAGUGCGGGUGCAUUUUUAGAAUUAGAUGAUCGUUCUCAUUUACAAGAAUAUAUAUUAACCAAUCACGAUGGAUUUCGAUUAGAUACACCACCGAUACAACCAAAUACAGAAGAAUCAAUAUUCGAUUAUUUUGUUAAUGAAAAAGGCGUAUGGACACAUUGGAAUACGGUUGUAACAGAGUAUAUUUAUCCAAAGGAUCAUGAUCCAGAAUAUUCAUCAAUUUUGGUGCCUAAUGUGGACAAUGUUAGAACAGAUUUUCUAAUUAAUACAAUUGCAAAGCAAAAUAAGCCCGUAUUGUUGAUUGGUGAACAAGGAACGGCUAAAACAGUGAUAAUUCAAAGUUAUAUGGAUAAAUAUAAUGCCGAAGAACAUGCUGCAAAAACUGUCAAUUUCUCAUCAGCUACGACACCAAAUAUGGUUCAACGUAUAGUUGAAAGUUAUGUUGAUAAACGUGUUGGUUCAACGUACGGUCCUCCAGCUGGUAAAAAGAUGACUGUCUUCAUCGAUGAUAUUAAUAUGCCAACAAUAAACGAAUGGGGUGAUCAAAUAACAAAUGAAAUCGUCCGCCAACUCAUUGAACAAGGUGGAUUUUAUUCAUUAGAAAAACCAGGAGAAUUUAUUAGCAUCGUUGAUAUACAGUUUUUGGCGGCAAUGAUCCAUCCGGGAGGCGGUCGAAAUGAUAUUCCACAAAGAUUAAAACGUCAAUUUGCUAUUUUCAAUUGUACAUUACCAUCGAAUACAUCGAUUGAUAAAAUUUUUAGUGUCAUUGGUUUGGGUCACUAUUGUAAAGAACGUGGUUUCACAGAUGAAGUACGAGAUUUAGUUGAACGUCUCGUACCUGCUACACGACGUCUAUGGCAAUUGACAAAAGUGAAGAUGUUACCUACACCAGCUAAAUUUCAUUAUGUAUUUAAUUUACGUGAUUUAUCGAGGAUAUGGCAAGGAAUGGUUAAUACGAUACCACAAGUAAUUAAUAAAGAAAAAAUUCUAAUUCAAUUAUGGAAACAUGAAUGUACAAGAGUUAUUUGCGAUAGAUUUGUAACAGAAGAGGACAUAACAUGGUUUGAAAAAACGUUUAAACGUGUAGCUGAAGAAGACUUGGGUUCCAAACAUGGAGAAUAUACGACACUUACGGCACAUUUUGUCGAUUUUCUCAGAUUUAUUGAACAAGACGAUUAUCGUUGGUAUUUUAAAACAAUUGAACGUGUCACUGAAGAAGAAUUAGAUGAUAAAUAUUUACAAAUGGUUAAACCAACUGACUGGUUUGUCGAUUUUCUAAGAGAUGCUCCUGAACCAACCGGUGAUGAGCCCGAUGAUGCUGAUAUGGAAGCACCAAAAAUAUACGAACCAAUAGCAUCAUUUGAACAGUUAGAAGAACGUUUAAAAAUGUAUUUGGCUCAAUAUAAUGAGAGUAUUCGUGGUUCUGGAAUGGAUUUAGUGUUUUUCAAAGAUGCCAUGACACAUUUAAUUAAAAUAUCGCGAAUCAUUCGAACUCCAAGAGGCAACGCGUUGCUCGUGGGUGUUGGAGGCUCGGGAAAACAAUCGUUGACGAAACUGGCAUCAUUUAUUGCUGGAUACAAGACAUUUCAAAUUACAUUAACAAGAGCUUACAAUACAAAUAAUUUACUGGAAGAUUUGAAAACAUUAUAUCGUAUUGCUGGCAAAGAAGGCAAAGGCAUUACAUUUAUAUUUUCUGAUCAAGAUAUUAAAGAUGAAUCGUUUUUGGAAUAUAUUAAUAACGUUCUAUCAUCAGGAGUUGUUCCUGGUAUGUUUGCACGGGAUGAAAUGGAUGAAAUAUGUCAAGAAUUAAUACCAAUUAUGAAAAAACAAUAUCCGAGACGAGCACCAACAAAUGAAAAUUUAUACGAUUAUUUUCUCACUCGUGUCAGACAAAAUUUACAUGUUGUGUUGUGUUUUUCACCUGUUGGAGAAAAAUUUCGAAAAAGAGGUCUUCAAUUUCCCGGAUUGAUAUCUGGUUGUACUAUGGAUUGGUUUCAACGAUGGCCCAAAGAUGCUUUAGUUGCUGUUGCCGAUCAUUUUCUGGCAUCAUUCAAUAUUGUGUGUACCGAUCCCAUCAAGAAAGAGUUGGUUCAAUGUAUGGGUUCAGUUCAUGAUGGUGUGGCCGAAUAUUGCCUUCAAUAUUUUCAAAAAUAUCGUCGAGCAACACAUGUGACGCCUAAAUCGUAUUUGUCGUUUAUCAAUGGUUACAAGGAAAUAUAUGCACAAAAAUUACAAGAAAUUGAAUCGAUGGCCAAAAGAAUGAAUGAAGGCUUAACAAAAUUAGUCGAAGCUGAAAAAGCUGUUCAUUUAAUGAAAGAAGAGUUAACAGUUAAAGAAAAAGAAUUGGAUGUGGCAAAUAAAAAAGCAGAUGAAGUAUUGAAAGAAGUGGCUGUUAAAAAAAAUGCAGCUGAAAUUGUUAAAAAACAAGUUCAACGUGUUAAAGAUGUUGCACAAGCACUUGUCGAUGAAAUUAAUCGUGAUAAAAUAGAAGCGAAUGCCGAAUUAGAAAAUGCUAAACCAGCACUACUAGAAGCUGAAGAGGCUCUAAAAACGAUCACACCGGGUGAUAUAGCGGUUGUUCGUCGUUUGGGUAAACCGCCGAAUUUAAUUCGUCGUCUUAUGGAUUGUGUAUUGAUUUUAUUCGGACGACCAUUGACAAAUCCAAUUAAAUUUGAUAGAGAAACAGAGAGUCUCGAACCAUCUUGGGAUUCUUCACUAAAGUUAAUGUCUGACACAUCCUUUUUAACUCAGUUACAAACAUUUCCGCGUGAUCGUAUCAACGAUGAACAAAUCGAACUACUUCAAACGUAUUUUCGCGCACCUGACUAUACAAAAGAAGGUGCUAAAAUAGCAGCUGGAUCAAUUGCUGGUCUUUUGACAUGGACACGUGCUAUGGCCGACUUCUUCCAUGUUAACAAACGUGUUAUGCCAUUAAAAGCCAACUUGGCUGUACAAGAAGCCCGUUUAGGCAAAGCGAAUCAUCAAUUACAGACGGCUCAAGAUGAAUUGGACAAACGUGAAGCGGAAGUGGCUGCAGCACAAGCUGAAUAUGAUUCGGCUAUGGCCAUUAAACAACGUUUACAAGAUGAUUUGGAUCGAACAUUGAGACGCAUGAAUGCAGCAACAGAACUAAUAUUAGGCUUGGCAGAUGAACAAGAGAGAUGGACAGCACAAAGUAAACAAUUCAAAGAGCAAAUUGGAAGACUCGUUGGUGAUGUAUUAUUAUGUACUGGCUUCUUGUCGUAUCAAGGUCCAUUUAAUCAAGAUUUUCGUUUAUUACUUGCUAAAGAGUGGCAAAAGUUGCUAAAUGAACGAAAUAUUCCAUUUACAAGAGGUCUGAAUGUAACAGAAUACUUGACAGAUGUUACCAUUGUUGGUGAAUGGAAACUGCAAGGAUUACCAAACGAUGAAUUAUCAAUACAAAAUGCUAUUAUCGUGACAAGAGCUAAGCGAUAUCCACUACUGAUUGAUCCACAAGGUCAGGGAAAAGCUUGGAUCAGAAAUAAAGAAAGUGCAAAUGAGCUGCAAUCGACGAAUUUGCAAUCGAAACAUUUUCGCCAACAUUUGGAAGAUUGUUUAUCAUUGGGACGACCAUUAUUGAUGGAAGAUGUUGGAGAAGAAUUGGAUCCUGCUUUAGACAAUGUUUUAGAAAAAAAUUUCAUUCGCUCAGGUUCCACAUUGAAAGUCAAAGUGGGUGACAAAGAAGUAGAUGUUCUAAAAGGAUUUAACUUGUAUAUAACAACGAAACUGGCGAAUCCAGCAUUCACUCCCGAAAUAUCGGCAAAAACGUCGGUAAUCGAUUUUACUGUAACAAUCAAAGGUUUAGAAGAUCAACUAUUGGGUUUAACAAUUUUGAAAGAAAAAUCAGAUUUAGAAACAGAACGUGUUAGAAUGUUAGAAGAUAUUCAAGCAAAUAAUAAACGAAUGAAAGAAUUAGAAGACAAUUUAUUAUCAAGAUUAUCAAAUUCAAAAGGUUCAUUAGUCGAUGAUGAUGAUCUAAUAAAAACGUUGAAAACAACGAAAACGACAUCAUCUGAUGUUAAACAAAAACUAGCUAUAGCUACGGAAACAAGUCAAAAGAUUAAUGUAGCGCGUGAAGAAUAUCGUCCCGUAGCUACUCGCGGAUCAAUUCUCUAUUUUCUUAUUGUUGAAAUGUCAAUGGUCAAUGUCAUGUAUCAAACAUCGUUAAAACAAUUUCUACAAUUGUUCGAUCAAGCACUUGAACGAUCACCAAAAAGUCCUGUAACAUCUAAACGUAUAACAAACAUAAUGGAAUGUUUAACGUAUGAAAUUUAUAAAUAUGCUGUGCGUGGGUACUAUGAAGAACACAAGUUCAUGUUUACACUCAUAAUGGCACUUAAAAUCGAUCAACAAUCGGGAAAAAUUAAAUUUGAUGAAUUUCAAACUCUUAUUAAAGGAGGAGCAUCCUUAGACGUGCAAACAGUGCCGCCGAAACCAACCUACAAAUGGUUACAAAGUGAAUCAUGGUUAAAUUUAGUUGAAUUAUCAAAAUUAUAUCAAUUUUCUGGCGUACUGGAUGCUAUCAAUCGCAAUGGUGCAACAUGGGAGACGUGGUUCAAAAAAGAUGAGCCAGAAAAAGUUGAAUUACCAGAUGGUUAUCAAACACUUGAUCCAUUUCGGCGUUUAUUACUUAUUCGAUCUAUCGCACCGUCGCGAUUCAUACCACAGGCAAACAGAUACAUUGAAGAUUCAUUAGGACCAAAAUAUUCAGAAGGUGUUGUACUGGAUAUGGAAAAAAUGUGGGAUGAAUCGGAUAAAUGUACACCAUUAAUUUGUUUUCUGUCGAUGGGUUCAGAUCCAACCGUACAAAUAGAAACAUUAGCAAAAAAGAAAAUGAUCGAUUGUCAUGCCAUCUCAAUGGGUCAAGGUCAGGAGGUACAUGCUCGACGUAUAAUGGGUCAGGCUUACACGAACGGUUCUUGGGUUCUACUACAGAACUGUCAUUUGUCCUUGGAUUUUUGUGAGGAAUUUUUGUUACAACUAACCGAUAAUACAGAUAAAAUUCAUCCUGAUUUUCGACUGUGGAUCACCACAGAAUUACAUCCAAAAUUUCCCAUUGGGCUGUUGCAGAUUUCAAUUAAAUAUACUGCUGAACCUCCGCAAGGUGUCAAAGCUGGUUUAAAACGAACAUUUGCUGGUUUAACACAGGAACAACAACUGGAAUCUAAUUCACAUGAAAAAUGGCGUCCACUGCUGUAUGCCGUGGCAUUCCUUCAUACCAUUGUUCAAGAGAGAAGAAAAUUUGGCCCCCUAGGAUGGAAUAUUCCAUAUGAAUUCAAUACGUCCGAUUUCAACGCCACUGUCCAAUUUAUACAAAAUCAUUUGGAUGAAGUCGACGUGGGAAAACAAAUGCAAUGGAAAACAAUUCAUUACAUGAUUUCUGAGGUUCAGUAUGGAGGUCGUGUGACAGACGAUUUCGAUAAACGUUUAUUAAAAACUUAUGUCAAAUGUUGGUUUCGAGAUGAAAUGUUCGAACCUGGUUUCUAUUUUGAAGAUCAAAAAUAUCGUAUACCGAAAAUGGCUACUAUUCAAGAUGUUUUUGAGUAUAUCAAUGAUUUACCGGCAUAUGAUUCAGGAAAAGUAUUUGGACUUAAUCCAUUAGCUGAUGCGAGAUACCAAGAAGAUACAACUCGUAAAGUUCUCGAUACAAUUUUGAGUAUUCAACCGAAAGAAGCUCGUGGUGGGGCUGGUGAAACGCGUGAAGCUGUCAUCUAUCGUCUAGCCACUGAAACUCUUGAAAAACUACCUUCCGAUUAUAUUGCGCAUGAAGUUAAAGAACGAUUAGCAAAAUUGGAACCAAUGAACAUCUUUCUUCGUCAGGAAAUUGAUCGUUUCCAACGUGUACUCAAUGCUGUUAAACGAACACUCACCGAUUUAAAAUUGGCUAUUGAUGGUACAAUUGUGAUGAACGAAGAGUUGAGAGAUGCUUUAGAUCGAAUGUACGACGCUAAAAUACCGAGUGUAUGGCUGAAAUUAUCAUGGGAAUCGUCAACAUUAGGUGCAUGGUUUUCUGACUUGUAUCAACGUAAUGAACAAUAUAGAUCGUGGUUAAAAUUAGACAAAGAUCAGAGACCAUUGACUUAUUGGAUGACGGGAUUCUUCAAUCCACAAGGAUUUCUAACAGCAAUGAGACAAGAAAUAACUCGCGCUAAUCCUGGUUGGUCAUUGGAUAAUGUCAUAUUAACUAAUACUGUUAAAAAGUUCGAUCGAGAUCAAGUGAAAGAUCCGCCAUCUCAAGGAGUCUUUGUUUACGGACUCUACAUUGAAGGUGCAAAAAUCAAAAAUGGUGCAUUAGAUGAAUUAAAAGCAAAUGAAAAAAUGCUCACUCAUCCAAUGCCCAUUGUACAUAUUAGUGCUGAUGCUGAAGGAGCACAAAAAGAUCGAAGACAAGCCUACUAUGCACCAGUCUAUAAAAAACCAAGACGAACAGAUAGAAAUUAUGUAUGUACAUUGAAACUCGAGUGUCCACCCGGAGAUAAAGUUCCAGCUGACAUGUGGACACUCAGAGGGGUAGCACUACUUUGUGAUACAAAAUAA